AUGAGCAAAGAAAGUGUAAGCGAGAAUGUAAGAAGAGUUCUGGAAAAAAAAGAAAAAAAAAAAUUAAAAGAAGAAAAAGAAUUGUAUAAAGCUACAAAAGUAAUAAGUAGCCAAAACAACAUAUUAAGAAAAAUUAUAGCACAGAAACAAUCCUCUUCAACCAGCUUUGUUAAUAAAAUAAAAGACAUAAAUAAAUCACUUCCUCAUAUAAGAAGCAAACAUGAAAAAAAUUAUAUGAAGGAAAAUAAAAUCAGAAUACAAGAAACUAUCCAUCUACAAAAAAAAAUGAUAGAAAAACAAGAAGAACUCAAAAAUAAGAAACCAUUCAUAAUGAAGAAAUAUAAAAAUGUAACAUCAAAGGUAGCUAAAAAUUUGUUGGAAGCUCAGCAAAAGGAAGAAAAAAAAGAACAAGAUGUUAGUAAUAAGGAAUAUCUUGGAAACAAAAAAAAAAGGCAAGAUCCGGAGAAAGAAAACCAAGACGAAUACGUAGAAUAUACAGAUGAAUAUGUAGAGGAGGAACAAGAAGAAAAUGGACAAGAUGUUGACGAAAAUGAGCAAUAUGAAGAGGAAUAUGAACAAGAUGACGAAGAAUAUGAACAAGAUGACGAAGAAUGUGAACAAGAUGACGAAGAAUGUGAACAAGAUGAAGAGAAAUACGAACAAGAUGAAGAGAAAUACGAACAAGAUGAAGAGAAAUACGAACAAGAUGAAGAGAAAUACGAACAAGACGGAGAUCAAAAUGGACAAGAUGACGAAUAUGUAGAGGAAUAUGAUGAAUAUGAAGAAUACGAAGAAGAGGAAACAAAAAAUAACCAAAAAAAAAGUGAAAAAAGAGAAGACGAUCUUACUACUAAGGAAACUAAAAGAGAAAGUAGUAUUAUAGAUAAAUUUAAAAAAAAUAAAACAAAUGAACAAAAAAAUGAAAAGUUACACAAAAAUUUCGGAAAACUACCAAAUUAUAUAUUAAAGAAAAAAAAAGAUGUAAGUCAGGAUUCAUUAGAUACACCCGAAGGAUAUCGUGUCUUGAAAAAUGAAGAAAGAAAUUAUGUUCUUAAAGAAUUACAUUCACAAUUAAAAGAUAUAAAAGAAGAAUAUAAAAAUAAUAAAGAUAAGCAAAAAAAAAUACAACUAGGAAAAAAGUUGAAAGAAGUAAAAGAAUCAAUAGAAAUGUUUAGUAAUCCAUAUGUGCUCGUCGAUGAAAAUUUCUGA